AUGGAUCCAGAUCAACAAGAGGCUCUGAACGUUAUUCCGAAUUCUGUCUACAGAACAGCCCUGAAGCUUCGUGCAGUGCAAAGCCUCUGCCAGCUUGAUUUGACAAAUGUCUCCUUGGUUGAUUACAUCCUGCCAAGCCACUCAUGCCAGGCUGAGAAAGAGAGGCCUCUGCCAGUGGAGCAGCUCUUCAAGGGGCUCACGGAGCUUUUCAAGAGAGCCAGCUCAGACAAGCCAGGCCAGGUAGAACCCAAGGCCCCAGAACUCACACUGAGACUACUGAUGGCUGCAUAUGACAGAAAUGGCGUGGGUUUUAUCCAGUCGCGAUCCGCUGCAGCUGCUCUGAUUGCGCUUUCAGGAGACAGCUUGCCUACUAAAUACAGAGCUCUCUUUCAGCUCUACGCAACAUGUUCUGGAAGGGGUUCUGGAAGCAGCCUUCACAUUACCCGAACCAGUGUGAGGAGUCUGCUAAUAGAUUUACUCCAGCUCAUAGUGGUUGUCGGAGAAGGCCACAACAUGUCUCAUGUGGAAAGUGCAACACACAGUUGUUUCAGUGGGGUUCUGAACUCGGCUGUUGGGGAAGAGAGAUUCUUGGCUUGGCUCUGGUCUGAACCCACAAUCCUCCUCUGGCUCCCCACCCUCUACAGGUUGUUGGCAACAGAAAUGGUCACCCACAAGGUCAAAUGCAAUGUCUGCAAGCACUUUCCUAUCACUGGACUCAGGUUUCGUUGUCUGAAAUGCUUAAACUUUGACCUUUGCCAAACUUGCUUUUUUACCGGGCAACAUUGCAAACCCCACAAGAAGACUCAUCCUAUUAUAGAACACUGCAGGCCUGUGUCAGCAAGAGAGAACAUCAAGCUCAUUUUCCGCAUCGUUCGAAACAAUUUGCUGCCGGGACGUUGCAAGAGGAAGGAAGCACUGCGAAGGAAGGCCUUGGGGUUGAUGGAUAACAGAGACUUUUCUACCCAAGGCCAACCACAUCCCUCUUCCAUUCAACUCGUUUCCACAGGGGAUCCGGAGCCACCUGACCUGUUUCCUGCAGAACAUACUACAAAAGUUCAGCUUAACCAUACUUCAGAUGCCAAAGCUUCCCAAGUACCUUCAUCUCUUGAGUUGGAGCUGUCUAAAACACAAGAAUCCAUUAAGGCUCUUCAGAAUGAGAACAGGCACCUGAGGAAGCAACUGACUAAAUGGAAGAACCAAGUGCAGGCCCUUCACUCUGCUCAAGAGGACAAAAACCGCAAGUUUGAUGAGCUAAUAGUAAACCAGGAAAACCUCAAGAUGGAGCUUCAGAAAAUGAGAAUAGAAAUUAAGACUUUACAUAACAACAAAUCCUCGAAGGAAAGGAAUCCUCAGCAUGGAACCAAUCAUUCUUCAUUCAAGCUCAAGCAUAUGAAAUAUUUGAAGCGCAAGUCUGCUCCUUGUACUGAAAAGAAGUGGUCCUUGAAGGAACCACAGACGACUCCUCUUACCAAGAAUCCCAGAAUGCCAGCAACCACAUUGCAGUCACCGCCCUCACCAAAUGCUAGUCCUGAAGUUCUGCAUCAUGAAAACCCAAAUAGGGAAACUGUUCCUCUUACAAACCACUCCGGAGGUCAAAAACCCAAACACAAUGGGUACUAUCUCAGCAUGGGGAUUAAGAUGUCACACUCCCACUCUUCCUCUCCAAGAGAGGCAUCUCUCAGUGAGAGACAGACAGAGGAGGAAGAACUGCAGCACUUAUUGACAAAACUGAAGGAUGCCCUGUCCUUCCAAACACAGCCUGGUCAGCCCUGUCUACCCAAGGAUGGAUUGAUCUCCACAGCAGAGCAUGUUUAUAAAUCAUUCUCCGAUGUCAUCAGCCAAGUAACUUUGCCAGCUAGGAAGUACGAAGACAGUGGUACUAAUCCUUUCCUUCUGCUUGAUUGCCCAAGGUAA